AUGCGUGUGCUGUGCUCGCAGAUCGACGAGAUCGGUGUACAGCAGCAAAGACUGCUCGAUGCCGAUGAGCUCGAAGCGUUCGUCGAGUCGCUCAACUCCAGAAAUCCCAAGAUCCAAACGCUCGCUCAAGCGGGGCAACUCGUCGAAAAGCUCCUUGAUAGCGACGGUUUUGAUGUCAAACAGAUCGAGUCGGCGCGUGAGCAGCUUGACGAGAUGUCCUCGAUGAUCGAAGGCAUUCUCAAGCGUGACGCGGACCAACAAGCCGUGGUUGAGCAUCGACGCGAUGAACUCUCCAAACAACUCACGGGAGUCGGGGCUUCACGCAACGCGAUGCGAGCGUAUCGCGGAUCGAAAGGGUUGAGCGUGAGCGAGCAAGCCUUCAAUCAUGCUCCAUCACUCUCUGCGGGAGACCUCGCGGAGCUCAUGGCUUCGUUCAACGAAGUGACUGCGAAGCUCGAGAGCACCCACACCCAACUCCGCGGCGAGGUCGCUCGUCUCAACACCGAACUCACUCAAGCGAACGAAGCGUUACAGCGAUCAAAGCGACUCGCAGCGCUCGGAGAAAUGGCCGCAGGGAUCUCGCACGAGAUCCGUAACCCGCUGGGAUCAAUUCGUUUAUAUACACGGAUGCUCAAAGAAGACCUCGCCGAGAUGCCGGAUCAAUGUGAGAUCGUGGAGAAGAUCGGUCGCGCCGUGACUGGACUCGAUCAGAUUGUGGGUGAUGUCCUCACCUUCUCGCGUGAGAUCAAAGCGCGAAGAAGUGAAUGUCUCGCUGAGGUUGUGCUGAGUGAUGCGUGCGAUGCGUGUCUGGCGCAGCUCGAGGGCAUCGAGGUCGCUGUCCAGGUUGAUCGCUCGUGCGAAACCAUUCAAGCGGACGCUCCGCUGUUGCAUCAAGCGUUGAUCAACAUCAUCCGAAACGGCGCCCAAGCGACCCACGAUCAUGGCGGGAAGACCAUUGAGCUCGGCGUCUCGGAAACCCCAGAGCUUUGGCAAGUCUGGGUCCGCGAUAGCGGCGGGGGUAUCGAAGAAAGCGUGAUCGAGCGGAUGUUCAACCCGUUCUUCACCACUCGAGCCGCGGGGACAGGGCUUGGAUUGUCCAUUGUGCAUCGGAUCAUGGAUGCGCACGGCGGAUCAGUAGAAGUACAAAACAUCACGGACGAUUCGGGAUGGACGAGCGGGGCGACGGUGUCGCUGUUGCUCCCAAAGCGAGUCGUCAAAGAGUUGCCCGAAGAGGGGCAAGGUCAGGUCGUCGUCCGUGCGGGAUUCAGCGUACGAACCGCCGUGGAUGGACGAUCCGCGCUCAAAGAAAUCGCGUCCAAGCGUCCCGAUGUCGUGGUGACUGAUCUCAACAUGCCCGGCAUGACCGGCGUGGAUCUUACUGCAGAAAUUCGGGACAUCGACAACGAACUCCCAGUCAUCCUCAUGACCGCGUUCGGUACGAUCGAGACGGCAGUGCAAGCGAUGAAAAACGGUGCGUACGACUACAUCACUAAGCCGUUCGAGGGUGAUGAGAUGAUCAUUGCCGUCAAGCGAGCGAUCGGACACGCGGCGGUACUCAAAGAGAACGCGAUCCUCAAAGCAAACGCCCGAUGCAAUCAAUCCAUCACUGGGCCAACCGGACUUGAUCGGAUCAUCGGUCGUUCCAGCGCGAUCCGUAAAGUCCGUGAACAGGUGCGUGCCGUCGCUUCCAGUCACGGCACAGUAUUGAUCACGGGCGAGUCGGGGGUAGGUAAGGAAGUCGUCGCACACGCCGUGCAUGACCUGAGUCCACGCAAUGAGUCCGCGUAUCUUGCGGUGAACUGUGCAGCACUCAACGAAUCCUUACUCGAAUCCGAGCUCUUCGGACACGAGAAGGGCGCGUUCACCGGCGCGGACUCGAUGCGGAAGGGGCGCUUCGAGCUCGCUGACGGCGGAUCGCUCUUGCUCGAUGAAGUUUCAGAAGUCUCGCCUCAGAUCCAAGCGAAACUGCUCCGUGUGCUCCAGGAGCGUGCGUUCGAGCGUGUGGGAUCGAGCACAACCAUCGGGGUCGAUGUACGCGUGAUCGCAACAAGUAAUCGUGAUCUCCCCAAGUCGGCAGCGAUGGGGGAGUUUCGACAGGAUUUGUUCUACCGGCUCAAUGUGCUGCCAGUCCAGAUCCCGCCGUUGCGUGACCGAUUGGAAGAUGUCCAGCCACUCGCUGAGCACUUCGUCUCGAGGAUUGUGAAUCGUGAUGGUCGUCGUACGAUGCGGAUGAGCGAAGGGGCGAUCGAGCUGCUCUCGACCUACAACUGGCCUGGGAAUGUUCGUGAGCUCCAGAACAUCUGCGAGCGUGCCGUCGUCUUGUCGGAUCCGAAAGCAAAUGAGAUCCAUCGUGAAACCAUCGAGCCUUGGUUGAUGGAAUCUCGUCCGAUGCCCAAAGCGAUGCCGCUGCGUGCGAGCAACCCUCCGGCGAACAAUGGCGUACCUGUGCAAGCAUCCGUACCAGAGCAGUCGUUCCAGCCGACAAUGUCCUCGUUCGCUGAGCCGAAGGUGGACUACAGGCCUGGUGAUAAGACCCUUGCGGAGAUUGAGCGCGAAGAGAUCGUUGCGACACUCAAGCGAUUCAACGGGCAUCGUCAGAAAACCGCAAAAGCUCUCGGGAUCGGCGUGCGGACGCUCGGCCUCAAGCUCAAGAAAUGGAAAGAAGACAGAGCGAUGCCAGCGGCAGAGAUGCUGCUGAAGUUCGCAGGUCAGCGUCAGAAGAUUCUCGCGCACAACAUCGCGAACAUCGAUACCCCCAACUUCCAGCCGACGGAUGUCGAUCCGCAUGCAUUCCAAGAAAUGCUCGGUGAAGCGAUCGAGGAUCGCCGUAAACGCAACGGCGGAGCAUUCGGGGCGCUGGAAUGGAAAGAAACAGCCGAGAUCCGUCGCGUGGGGCGAUCCAUGGACUUUCGACUCAAUCCCACAAGCAGCGAUGGGGGGAUCCUCCAUCACGAUCGCAACAAUCGCGACUUAGAGCGGAUGAUGCAGGACAUGGUUGAAAACGCAACCGCGUAUCGAGUGGCAGCAGAUUUGCUGCGUACUCAGCGGACCCAACUUCAGAACGCGAUCGCACAGCUCGUUGCGUCCAAUAUCGCCAACGCAAACACGAUCGAGAACGAGUUCGGCGAGUACGAGCCGUAUCUCCGUCGUGCCGCGAUGUUUUCUCCAAAGUCCUCGCCAGAUGGAGCCGGAAUCGGUGUGCAGGUCAACGAGAUCCAGAUUCAAGAAGGCACUACACGACCGGAGCACCGCCCGGAUCAUCCAAAUGCGGUAAACGGCUACAUUCAAGUCCCUGACAUCGAUCCAACGGUGGAGUGGGUCAAUGGUCUGCAAGCAUCUCGUGCGUAUGAGGCGAAUAUUGUUGCCGCGGAAACAACCAAGAACAUGAUGGCACAGGCUUUGCGAGCAGGAAAGCUCCCAAGCGGUGUCGGUGGCUCCAACAAUACCCCCAACGGCGAUGGCGCCGACUUCAAAGCACUACUGAUGGGUAAUCUCAAAGAGGUCAAUGCGCUCCAACAGGACGCGACCCAAGCCGCUGAGGACCUGAUUACGGGCAAGCGUGACGAUAUCGAAGGCGUAAUCGCCGCGACUGAGAAAGCGGACACCGCUUUCAAGAUGCUCCAGGCAAUGCGGAAUCAGGUGAUGCAGGCCUACGACGAAGUCAAGCAGAUGCGCCGAGGUUCGAUGAAUCAGCUGCGACAGGUCAUAGAUAACGCGGGCAAAUACAUUGGGCAGAUGUCCGCUUCACAGAAGCUCCUACUCGCUUCACUUGCUGUGAUCGCCGCGAUGACCAUGUUUUUGGUCUCCCAGUAUGCAUCCAAACCUGCUCUCGUCGAUUUGAUGGCUGAAUCAGGGGACACCAUGGCGCUCGCAUCACUCCGAUCCGCCGGGAUCGACGCGCAGGUCGUCAAUGGGAAUAUUCAGGUUCCUCCGUCUCAGCGCACAUCCGCAAUGGCGCUGCUCGCUCAAUCGGGGCAACUCCCAGGGGAUACCACGCUCCUCUUUCAGAAUCUUAUUCAAUCACAAGACUGGAAGGCAUCCAAAGAACAGCAUCGUCAGCAGUUCAAUAUCGCGAUGCAGAACGAACUGUCACGGAUCAUCUCGCAGUUUCGUUUUGUGAACUCCGCGAAUGUGAUCCUCGAUGUGCCUCAGAACUCAGGAUUGGGCCGUGCCGUUCGGACACCCUCCGCUUCGAUUACGAUCUUCACGGCUGGUGGAUCUCCUCUCUCUCAGGAUACCGUGGAUGCCGCAGCGGGGAUGGUAAUGGGAGCCGUAUCUGGUCUUAAUCCAAAACACAUUCAAGUGAUCGAUGGAUCAACAGGCCAAGCACGAUCGGUGUCUUCUGAAGACUCUCGCAUGUCCUCCAAGUUCCUUGAUCAAUCUCAGACUGUCGCGGACGGCAAAAAACAGCAGAUCAAAGAGAUGCUGGGACAUAUCCCCGGCGUGAUCGUGUCUGUCAGCGCGAUGGUGGAUGUGAAGAAAGUCGCAAGCACAGAGCGUGCGUAUUCACUCGCGGACCAGGGAUCUGUGUCGCUUGUCAAAUCGCAAGGCGCGACAGAAGACAAGAUGCAGCAAGCAUCGCGUGGAGCUGAACCUGGAGUGCGUUCCAAUCAGACCGCGAGUAUUAACACCGGCGGAGCGAGUGGGAACUCGUCCGAAUCCUCCGACACCAUCAAGGAGUACGACAACCAGUUUGGGUAUACCGAUACACAGACCGUCGAUCCGCGCGGGAUGCCUACGCAUAUCCGCGCAUCGAUCAUCAUUCCCGAAGAGUACAUCCGUGAACUGCUCGCAUCAGCGCAGCCGGAAAGUGAAGACGGAAGCGAGCCCGCUCCGAUCACCGCUGAGGACAUCCGUGAGAAGUUCGAGGGUAUGGACGGCAACUCCGGAUUCAAAUCGCUCAUCAUGCAGCAAGUGCAGCCGCACCUCAUCGGACAAUCGCCCGAUGGUUCAAUCCUUGAUGGCGAUGUUGUGGUCUCCAUGGCGCCGAUUGGAGAGUCGUACAAUCGUAUCGGUCAAGUCAAAUCUGCAGGAUUCAUGGGAUCCAUGCUCGGCGGAGGCGGAUCGGGUGGGCCAUCCCUGCUGCUUGGGAACGGGAACCUCAUCGAGACGCUCCUCGUUGGUGUGCUUGCCGUGGUUGCUGUAUUCAUGAUGCUGUUGAUGGUGAAACGCUCAAGCAAGAACAUCGAACUCCCAUCUGCCGAGGAGUUAGUCGGAAUCCCUCCACAGCUAGAAGGGAUGAGCGACAUGAUCGGAGAAGCAGACGAAGGAGAUGCCGCGAUGACCGGCAUCGAGGUCGAGGACGCAUUGAUCGAGAUUCAACAACUCCGCGAUCAGGUGGGUGAACUCAUCAACGCAGAUCCGGAAGCCGCGGCGGCGCUGAUCGAACGCUGGGCCGAGCUCGAAGGUUUAUCCAAAGCCGCGAUCCUCCUGCUCUCAGUGGGUUCUGAUCAAGCAUCCACAGUUCUCAAGCACCUCCCAAGCGAGAAGGUCGAAGAGAUCACACGCGAACUCGCAUCACUGGGGCGAGUUCCCGAUGUGCUCCAGAACGCGGUCGUCGAAGAGUUCUAUAACAUCUCAGUCGCAUCGCAAUACGCAAACGAGGGAUCCCUCUCUUACGCGAAGCAACUCCUUCAGAACUCCAUGGAUCCGAGCGAUGCCGAACGCGUGCUCGGACAGAUUCAAACACAGGUACAAAAAACCCCGUUCAGUUUCCUCCAGCGAGCAGAGAGCGACAACUUACUGACAUUUAUCCAAGAAGAGCAUCCGCAGACGAUCGCGCUGAUUCUUUGUCAUCUCUCGCACCACAAGGCUUCCGAGAUUCUGGUGGGUCUCGCGAUGGAGAAGCAGCUGGAGGUCAUCAAGCGCAUCGCGAAUAUGGAGCAGACGAAUCCCGAGGUGAUCAAGGAAGUCGAGAUCGGACUUGAGAGCCGACUGAGUAACAUGCUCAUGCAGAGCAUGGAGAAAGCCGGUGGCGUACCAACCGUCGCAGAGAUCCUCAACCUCGCGGAUCGCGCAACAGAAAAGACCAUCAUGGAAGGUCUGGAAUCCGACGACCCGGAUCUGGUCGAAGAAAUCCGCAGACUCAUGUUCGUCUUCGAGGACAUCAAGCUUGUCAAUGACAAGGGCAUUCAAGCUGUCCUCAAAGAGGUCGAGAACGACGAGCUGUCUGUGGCACUCAAGACCGCGAGCGAAGCACUCGCCGAGAAGAUCUUCAGCAACAUGUCCGAGCGUGCCGCGGAGAUGGUCAAGGAAGAUAUGGAGUUCAUGGGGCCUGUUCGUGUCUCCGAUGUCGAGACGGCUCAGCAGCGGAUCGUGGACAUCGUGCGUCGUCUGGAAGAAGCCGGCGAUGUCAUGAUCGAGGGACGAGGCGGUGACUCGGAAAUGGUCCCACAGAUGGGUGUCAUCAAAAGAGCAGACCUCGAGAGCUAUACGCGUGAUGCGAUCCCCAUGGAUUUGGGAGACCUCGAACGAAGAGGACAUGCGGUCAUCGAAUCCGCGCAGCAAGAAGCUGCUCAGAUCCUGAAACAGGCAAACGAAGAGCGCGAUCGACUCGUCAAAGAUGCUUCAGAAGCGGGACAUCAGAAGGGCUACGAAGAAGGACUUGCUCAGGGACUUGAAGAAGGAACAGUCAGGGGGACUGAGCAAUCGCACGCUGAACACUCGCAGCGUCUCGAAACCAUAUCAAAGCAGUGGGAAUCUGCUUUUAGCACAUGGGAAGAGCAACGCAACGAGUUCAUGCUCGCCGCGCGGACAGAAGUCAUUGAACUCGCGGCUCACAUCGCAUCUCGCGUUAUCAAGCGCACGAUUGAACUCGAUCCUGAGGUCGUUGUAGACCAGCUCGAAGUGGUGCUUGAGUCGCUCGUGACUCCGACAGAUAUCCGUGUGCGUGUGCAUCCUACAGAUAUCGAACUGCUCCAACGUGUUAUGCCCGCGAUGAUCGAGCAAUGUGCUUCUUGUACUCACGCCGAACUGGUGGGGGAUGAAUCGCUCGCGCCAGGAUCAUGUGUCGUCUCGACCAAAGGCGGAGGUUUGAUCGAUGCUUCCAUCACAAAACAACUCGAUCGCAUAGUCGCGACUCUUCUACCAGCGCAUCGAGGACCGGAUUACGAUCAACACCUAGAAGAGAACGACAACGACGAGGGCAACUCCAAGGAAGACGCGGCGUGA